CUGGCAACCGGGCAAAUGCAAAACAGAGGUAUUAUAAGUACUGAAAACUGAAGAGACUUCUUGCAAAACAGUGCUAUCAACAUUUAAGUGAGAGCGAGUGGGUUUAAGGAUCUUAAGAGGAUAACCUUAAGAUGACAAAGUACACGGAAGCUCCGCCAGCGAUCAAAUGGGUCGUGAUCACCAUACAUUUCAUAUUUCUUAUCUUUGGGAUUAUUCUGAUUUCCGUUGGAGCCUGGGUCGAGAUCCAUGCGGGCCCGCACUCGGACAUAUCAGCGUUCAAUGUUUUGGCGGGAAAUCGUGUGCUCAUGUUCACUGGAUGUGUGCUUGCGUUGGUCUCACUCGCCGGCAUUGUCGCCGCAACCAUAAACAGCAAAGUCUUUCUUAUCAUUGUAUUCGUUCUUCUUGUGAUCACGUUAAGUUUCGAAAUCGCAGGGAUAAUAGUAGCAUGGGAUAACCAAGCAAAGAUUAACAGAAGCAUUCUUGCGGAUUUAAAGAAUCGGAUCAAGAACUUCCCUGGGCCUGGUACAAGAGUGGUUGAUAGCAUCCAGGAAAGAUUACAAUGCUGUGGUGCCGACAGUGGUCCUAAUGACUGGAUGAACAAUAAGCACUUCGUACAAUCAGUCUCAGUUCCGGACUCCUGCUGUAAACAAGAGUACAGGGAAAAGGACUGCGGACUUGGACAGAUUAUUGCCAACACCAGAAUACACACAGAGCCAUGUGCAUCAAAAUACAAAAACAUGUUAGAUGAUAAAGUGGAUGCAAUAGCUGGCUUUGGAUUGGCUGUACUUAUAUUACAGGUUUUGACAAUGCCUCUCACAUUGCUAAUGUUUUGCAAGAUAAAAGAGAUAGAGUAAGAAUGGUGACGCAAUCUGCUGCAGAAUCGGUGCAUACAGACCCAUUCCAGGGUAAUAAUGGGACCUUGUGGGGCCACCUUAUUUGGGCAUAGCCUCUGUGUGAAAACACAGCGCACACUUUUCAAGAGGAUUGCAGUAUUUGUGUACGCAUUAAUGUAAGUAAAAUGUUUGGUAAAGACUUAAAAGAGAGCUGUUUAUGAAUUUCAAAUGGGGAAAUAAGGAUUACGACAGUAGGGUUUAAUCAGAUCUCUUUUUUAAAAAAAAGAAGAAACCUGCUAUAAUUAUGAUGUCAAAAAAGCAUUACAGCUCUGUAUGUAUGUAAGAACAAAAUGUACAUCUUACAAUGACAAUUAAAGUACUUUUUAUCAUGGAUGUAUGUAAUUAUGUUAACUGUACAAAAAUAUGGAUUCAUAUAUAAUGUGCAAUAAAUACAAUAGAUCUGAUUAUAAUAAAAACAAUUUAGAUAUAA